GAUGCCUCCUAUUUAUAGACACAGUUAUUUACUUGAAACAAAAAUGGUGUCUCAUUUUCCCUCUUCAAAGUCGAGUGCCUUCCUAGCUGUGCCACUGGAAAUUCGCAGGCAGAUCUACCGAUACUGUAUCCCACAAAAACUUCGCUUCGAUGUUUCCAGUGACAUGCGCUAUCAAAAUCGCCCCGACCCGCUCCAUGAAAUACAUGAUUACCAUCUCCAUGACUUAGAGAGUGGUGGCAUUUCUUUGAUGGAUAGUGAGGAUGAUGAAGAGGGCGAACAUGAACUUUCGACAGAUACUGAUGACGAAGAGAUUAUAUAUAAUCCUUUUGUGGAGGGUGGUCGUCAAAGUGCCUUACCCGGACUCCUUCUAUGCUGCCGCCAAAUUACUGAGGAGGUAAUGGAUAUGUUAUACGGAGGGAAUACUUUUCAAGUCAAUAUUCACGGUGACGGCGAAUAUACUCUCGCUCAUUUAUUCAAUUCCAAGACCAGAGAGAAAAUACGCAAAAUGGUCCUCAUAUUACGGCCCAUGGGAGUCUCCUACCACCGUGAUUUCCACAUGGACCCGAAUAUUUGGGAUGGUAUUCUCGGUAACCUUUCGAUACUAGGGGUUAUUGCGGAGCAGCCAGAGUCUCUCUCUCUACGCGAAUGGCCUAAAGCAGAAGCGGAGAAUGCCUUGGAGGAAUGGACUGCAUGGAUAACACCAAUAUUUGAGUACCUAGGCCGGGCUCUUCAUAGAGAAACCAAAAUCGUGGUGGAUGCAAAUGAGGAAAAGGAGACGGUACAGGUAUUAGAAAAGGCAAUACCAGGGCGAUCUCGCUUUCAGCGCCUACCCAUGGCCGAUAUCAUAUUUAAAAGAGGGAGGUUCUCUCUAGAGUCAGGAUACUGGGAUGACAAUGACGAUGGUCCAACCAGCUGUAGGGACAUCAUCAACGACUGCGACUAUGACUACUACUAUUCCGACUGAGCCUGGAGGCUUGCCACUGAUAUGUCUUGAUGUGGAAUCCGGUUAAUCCACAAUAUUCGAAAUGCAAUGUAGGGUGUACUUUAAGGUACUUCCACGUCUUUUAUUUUCGUCGACUAAUUAUCCCUAGCAAACAACCACACAACCCCAUGUAACACUCUCUCACAUGCUGCCCAACUACCUACCAAGCGUCCUCAAUAUUCUUCUCAAUGAUAGUAUUCCAAUUCUCCUGAAGUGCCUCCCU